CAUUCAGCUGCCAGUCCCUUGGUCUCAGCGGCCAACCUUCGCCAUGGAUGUGGAUGUGAGCUUCGAUGGAUCGCCCGGCUCGAGGGUCCGCAUCAGUACUCCCAACCGGAACUCGAUGGUCUACUUGCCGCCAAGCGAGCCCAUUUCGCCAGGGGUUUUAGAGCCCGUUUAUGACAAGCUCAGCAAGUUUGCCACGACUCUCUCAGAGGACUUGGAUGGCGUCCGCAGCAAAAUCAAACGCAUGGACGCUCCAAAGUCUGAUGUUGGGUCGUCUCAGUUGGUUUCAAGCACAAACCCAGCCCUCAGCACAAUUGCAGCCUCGGUUCUCAAUGAUAAGGUGAACAGCAUCAAGAAUGUGCUGGCCACUGAGACCCGGGCCCGGAUUUCUGGCGACGACGACAACAGUCGCAGGCUGCAAAUUAUGGAGCACAAGCAGACUGACCUGGAGCUGCGGUUUCGUACAUGGGAAUUGGAGAGAAACACGAUGACAAAGGAGAAUGCAGAGGCCUUGAGAAUUGUGAGGCAAGAGCUUGCGCAAGUGAAGAAGGAUAUGGAAAGCAUGACAAAGGAUUCUGCAGAUGCGCUGAACAGCAAGCUGCAAGAAGAGAUCGAGAAGCUUCAGGAGGAUGUGGAAAGGAUGACAAAGGAUUCUGCAGAUGCGCUGAACAGCAAGCUGCAAGAAGAGAUCGAGAAGCUUCAGGAGGAUGUGGAAAGGAUGACAAAGGAUUCUGCAGAUGCGCUGAACAGCAAGCUGCAAGAAGAGAUCGAGAAGCUUCAGGAGGAUUUGCCACGUGAAAGGCAGCAGCAAACCCUCAACCAGGUGGAGAAUCUGGUGCUUGAGAAGGUCAAGGCAACAGCGGACAGCUUGGACGAAAGCAUCGAAGAACUGCGGGCAGAGAUGGAAUCAGAGAUGAAAAAGGAGUUCGAGACCUUCAAUCUAAAAGCAUCAAAGGACUCCGAGGAAAAGAACCGAAAGAUGGCUGAAAAGACCAGCGAUUUGGACCGCUUGGUCAAUAACUUUGCCAACGACUUUCAAGCUAAGCUGCAAAGCAAGGCGGAAGCCACCAGGUUGACUCAAGAGAUAAAAGAUAUCCAGACGGAGAUUCAAGGAGAGCGGCAGAAGCGAGAGGUGCUGGAAAGUGAGACGCGAGAUCAGAAGGCACGACUUGUCCCAAUGGAGAACCGCGUGAGUGAAGUUGAGCAGCGGACAAAGGAGUUUAUCCAGCGGAGCGGAUACGACAUGGAGGAAGAACGGCAAAAAGCGAGAGAAGAGAGAGCGAACCUCAAACGGGAGUCUCGUGAGCUUGAAGUGAAAAUGGAAGAGGGUGUGAAAAGACAGGUCCAGGGCCUCCAGGAGAAGCUUCAGCAGCUGUUGGAAGCGAAAGCCGACGAUCUGAAGCUGCAAGAACUGGAGAAAGAUUUGAUCAGCAGGUCCGACACCCGGGAACAACGACUGCGGCAGGAGCUGAAAGACUGUUCUGACGACGUCCGUGACAGAACAGAGAAGAUCAAAAAGGACUUCAAGGAUCGAGUCGGCGAAGUGGAAAGCUUCGUUCAAAGACUGAGGGAGCACUUGCGGCAAAUUUAAUUUACAGAUUUUACAUGAUUUUACAGAUUUUACAGUGUAAAGAUCCCUCUGUGAUUUUGAUGUGAUGCAUCACGUUGCAUCACCUGGGAAUCGCUUCCUUGCCAGCCCAACUACAGAAACCAUGUCUCCAAAGACGGAGCCUGUUCAGCGAGCAGAGUUGGACAGGCAUCUGCAGAGCCAAAGUGCCUGGAACAUGGGGCGCCAACGACUGCAUAAUGCAGAGCCAAUGCUUUUGCGACUGCGAAUGGACUGCGAUGGACUGCGCUAAGCUGUGCGCAGCUCAUUCUGCUGGAAAGGCGUGACUUGGUGUGAGUUGCUGUGGAGUGUUUCUGCGGGAGCAGAUGGAGCAGUGAGAGCGACUGGCAGCGACUGGUGCAUUUCGCAUUUCGUUUCACUGCAGAUUUCAUGGAGCAGUUCUCACAAGCUCUUGCUCUGCAGGCUCUUACAAAAACACCUUGAGUUCAAG